AUGGGCUACAAAAAUGUCAGUGAUAAAAACCUAUCCGACAAACUGGAGUUAAAUCAACGUCCUGAAAAUUAUUCAGGUGUGAUUGUGCCUCGAGUUAAUUCAGAAAUUUGGUCAAACCUUGACAAGUUUUAUAAGCGCAGGGAUCUGCGAACUAGUAAUGUUCAGAAGAACCUGGCAAAAGCAGGGAGCUCUUUAAUUUAUACCACCAAUAAGCUCCUUCACUCACGGCAAAAUGGCAAUCAGGUGGACUCCACCGAAUUUAUCAAAUCAAAUAUGGAAAUUAUGGCAAUUCUGGGACAUGCCUUAGUUGAUUUGUCCCAUCAUCGCAGAGAAGCUAUCAAACCAAAUCUUAAUAAAGAGUUUGCUGCUCUAUGUUCAGAGCAGGUACCACCAGUCACUGCAAACCUAUUUGGUGACGAUUUGCAAAUUGAGUGCAAUAAUAUUAAGACCACAAAUAAACUUCGCCAGUCGGCCUUGGCCAAUAAAGGUCGGGAUAAUUUUGACAGAAGGCGACCCGCUAUGCAGCCAUCACUUCAGCGAGUCUCCGCGGAGGCCUUUUUUAUCCAAAAGGAAACCAUGGCAGAACAACAAGCCAUGGUUUCCCAAAUCAUUCUCACAAAAGCAACGCCAGUAAGAUCAAGAGCUGAACGAAAUGGACCAAACUCAAUUGUUAUGGUAAGUUUUCAUAAACAAUAUGUUGCUACUUUAAUAAAGGACUUACAUCAAAAAGUUAAUUGUUUUGAAGCUGUGAGAAUUUCUCAGUGCAUUGGCGAAUGGAGAAAGAUUACAUCUGACCAAGAAAUUUUAGAUAUGGCCAAUGGUUAUACCAUUGAAUUAAUAGAGGGACCCCCUCCUCAUAAUAAUCAGUCAAAAUAUGAAUUUAGUUCGUUCGAAAAGAGGUUAUUGAGCUUGAAAUAUCUAAGCUUAUUACUAAAAGCGUAA